UCCCUACGUGGGCGUGCCUCAGUCAAGCAACGUCAGGCCCUGCUCUGCGCAUGCGUGUGCUUGCAUACGCUUCAAGUGACUUGAGGAAAAGUAGAAUUCACGGAAACUCCCGUUUUUGCCUUCUUACCGGAACUUUGUAACUAUUUACGGAUACGGUGCCGGGCAGGCACAAGGGGGGAGGGUGAAAGGGAGGAAAGCCAUUAAAUAUUUAGAAUUUGGAAGUUGGAUUCCUUGGCGUGUCUCCGCGGCGUAGAAGUGGACGGGAUGAACGCCAACAUCAUGUACGCCAGCAGGAAAAGAAGAAAACCCGUCCAGAAAACAAUUAAACCAACACAGGUUGAAGGUGUCAAGUCCAACCCAUCAAAAAGGCACAGAGAUCGCCUUAACACUGAGUUGGACAGAUUGGCAAGCCUGCUUCCAUUCCCAGAUGACAUUAUAUCAAAACUUGACAAGCUUUCAGUGCUUAGACUCAGUGUUAGCUAUUUGAGGGCUAAGGGCUUCUUUGAAGUGGCGCUUCAGAAGGGCAAGGCAGAUGGAAACAGCAGAACACAAAAGCAAACAGACCUACGAACACUGGAAGGUGAACUCCUGUUGCAGGCUCUUAAUGGAUUUGUCCUGGUGGUUGCCUCUGAUGGCUUGGUCUUUUUUUCGUCUUCCACUAUUCAGGACUAUCUGGGUUUUCAGCAAUCUGAUGUAAUUCACCAAAGUGUGUAUGAGUUAAUACAUACCGAGGAUCGAGUUGAGUUCCAGCGCCAGCUUCACUGGGCUUUUGACCCAUCUCAUCCCUCAAACUCAGUACAGAGAUCCCCAGAUGAAAAUGAGUUCUCAGCAAUACCUUGCUAUAAACCAGAACACCUCCCCCCUGAAAAUUCUUCCUUCAUGGAAAGGAAUUUUGUCUGCAGGUUAAGAUGUCUUCUGGAUAAUUCUUCUGGAUUUUUGGCAAUGAACUUUCAAGGUCGGCUGAAGUUUCUGCAUGGUCAGAAUAAGAAAGGGAAAGACGGGGCAAUAAUUCCCCCUCAGCUAGCCCUUUUCACUUUGGCUACUCCAUUACAGUCUCCUUCAAUCCUGGAGAUCCGAACCAAAAACUUCAUUUUCAGAACCAAGCACAAAUUAGACUUUACGCCAAUUGGUUGUGAUACCAAAGGCAGUGUGGUGUUGGGAUAUACAGAAGCUGAGCUAUGUGUGAGAGGAACUGGAUACCAAUUUAUUCAUGCUGCAGAUAUGCUGUAUUGUGCUGAUAAUCAUAUCCGAAUGAUUAAGACGGGGGAAAGUGGCAUGACAGUGUUCAGGCUCCUUACUAAAGAGGCUGGAUGGGUUUGGGUUCAAGCAAAUGCUCGCCUCGUUUACAAAAAUGGAAGACCAGAUUAUAUAAUUGCAACGCAAAGAGCACUAACGGAGGAAGAAGGAGCGGAACAUUUGCGGAAGAGAAGUUCAAAACUGCCCUUCCUUUUUACAACUGGAGAGGCAGUUCUUUAUGAAGCUUCAUUUCCUCUGCAAACCAUUAUGGAGGUUACACCAACAAAAGCAAAGACAACAGCGGUCAAAGCCAGUUCUUCCAAAAGUGAAGGACCAGUAAAUCCUGCCUCACUCUUGGGGGCUAUGAUGAGACAGGAUGAGACUGUAUACAUUUGUCCACCAGCAUCAAACACAUUUUCUUUUGAAAACUUUUUACCAGAUCUCAGAAGUGAAGUCAGCAAUAACUUUCCCGGUAGUUGGCAAGAGAGUUGUUUGCCAGCAAUAAAUAACAAUUUAAAGCUUGAGGGAGGAGCUUGUUCCCAGGGAAACUUGGCUCAUACUUCUGAUCGCCCAGAAGUGUUUCCUGAAAGCAAAAAUAAUGAACUUUAUAAUAUUAUGAAUAGUCUUGGCAUUGAUUUUGACGACUUGGAAAUGAUCCAGCAGGAUGAAGCAUUUUUUAGGAAUGAAUUUGAUUUUCCAGAACUUAGCGAUAUUGAUGUAGCUGAUGAAAUCCUGACUUAUGUACAAGAGACUCUAAACAAAAAAGCAGACUGUAUGUAUAUGAACAAUGUUCAGCAAAUGCCUUGUGUACAAGAGCCGUCCAGUAUGACACAGGAUUCUGUGAAGCCACCACAAAUACAGCAGCACCCAAGCAAAAUGAUGCCCCAACAACUGUGUCAAAAAAUCAAACACAUGCAUGUCAAUGGCAUGCUCACAAACUGGAAUUCUUUGAGCAAUGUCCCUCCAUCUUUUCAAGAGCAGCAGUGCGAGCAAUACAAUGUUUCCAGUAUAAACAACAUGACUCAUGAACUUUACAAAUCUGAACUUAGCAGUGCUCCCUAUCCUUGCAAGCAGGAGUAUAUGCCUUAUCAGGAGUCAGUGCCCAUAGUGCCACUACCUUCAAACCUUACCCAGAUGGACUUUGAUCUUGGAAAUGUGGAAAGAUCAGUUUAUCCUAAUCCUUCAAAUGUGGAGGGUUUUCUGGAUUGUUUACCACAGAACUCUGGAAUCCAAGAAUGUGGCUUAGACUCACAGACAAUAAUGGUGACUCCUCAGUCUUGCUAUUCUGGCGCUGUAUCAAUGUAUCAGUGUGUACCUGAAUCAUCCCCGGCAACGUGCCUAAAUCAGAUGCCAUAUAAUGCAGUAAUGGCAGCUCAGCAGCCAAUAUUACAUGAAUUCCACAAUGGAUUUAACGGAGUCAAUGUAAAUGAAACGUACGCUGCACCCAUGGAUAUUGUAAACAGUGCCCCAGCUGCCAACCAUCUUCCACCUCAUAACCUUCACCAUCACCAAACGGAUUCCAAACAUUUCCCUGAUCUACAAUCAAGUGGAUUUAUGUAAAUAAAUGUGAGGAGAGCAGCAUUUUUUGCACGCUCAGAUAAGUUUUUCUGCUGGCCUGAAUAAACAGACUUCAUACUAAAAAUGCUUUAAAAGCUUGAUCACAUCCUGCAAAAAAGUUUAUUUAGGCUAAAUGCACUUUGUAAGCCACAGAAGCUGAUGGCUAACGUGAUGAGCGAGGGCUGGCCAGGCCGGAGCUGGAUUCGGAGAGCGCUUAUUUUGCAAAAACAUAAAGAGCUGUUGUUUUCCCAUACUCCUUACUUUCAGUGGAGUUAAAGUAUGUGUAUUUUUUUCAAUAUAUGUGUGUAAUAUAUUCUAUCCAGUUCAAAACAUAAGAUAAGGCAAAUGUUUUUUUAACCCUUCACCGCUGUAUAAUCAGUUUGCUCAACUCUAAAGCACUUAGGGCCAAAUAUCUAAAUGCUUGGUACACUUUUAUUUAUGUAAAGAGACCAUGCUUUUGAAAUAUGCAUGGAAUUUCCAAGAAAUGGAAUGAUUGCUGUAAUAUGGUGUAACUACAGCACUUACUUCAAGCAGCAGUCUCAUACCGUGCAUUAUUUUAAACUGGCAGGUCAGUUUACUAUGCAUCUUAAAUUGCACUAACUGAUGCACUCUAUUAGAAUAAAUACAGUAGAAUGCUUUUUAUCCACUGCCUUCUGUGCUGGUAUCCGAUGCAUUGUAAUGCUGCAGUGUCUUCUUUACCAUAAUGUGUGUCCCUUUAGGAGCACUUGUUUUUUAGGGUUUAGAGAAAAGGCCAAAGAUUUAGCUCUGAUUUUGAAAGCUGACAUCAACACAUUGCAAGAUGUUCCAUAUACAUAUAUAGAUAUAUAUGUGUAUUCAUAUUCAUUAAGAUUAUUUUUUUCUCUUUCCAGAAAUAUCUAAACAGCUUCCAUAACUUGCAAGACCUGAGCUCCUAUUCUACAAGGGGCAAAAUUUAAAGGGUAAAAAUAAGUUUUUCAAAUGCUUAAAAAUUUAAUUUGCAAUAUCAUAUCAAAUAAUUGAAUGUUAAGAUAAAAACUACUAAAAUGAACAGUGUACAGUCCUGGGUUUUCUGUCUCCUCCAAGCCACUCAAAACCCUUCUCAGGCCAAUGGAAGAGGCCACAAUAAGCCAUUAGUGUAAGACCAUACUAGGGCAGUGCUUGUAAGUGAAUGUCAAGUCCAGCAGGAAUUUGCAGAUAGGAAAUGCUUUCCUUUUUUAAAAAUACAUCUGCCUUAGCAGUAUAGGGUUAGGUACCAGUAGAUGGGCUGGACAGACUUGAAACUUAGAGACUAAAAACCCUUCAUUAAUUUUCUUUUCCUUCCAUUAGGCAACAUAUGGGAAAGGAUUUUUGCAUGAACACUUGCCUGUGUACCUCAUGCUUACCCAUGUUUGCCAACCUAAAUGUUUGCCUAAAUUCAUGAGCUUAUGAUUAUGCACAUAGAGUAAUCACUCCAGUAGAUCAGUGGGCUCAGAUGUGUGGCCCAGUCAUUCAGGCAGCAGUAUCAAUUAAAGUAAUUAACAGUGCUACACCAUAGCCAUUUCACCUUUUGAAACUAAUUAUAUUAAUUGAAAUUUAAAUAAAGGAUUUUGUAAUUUUAAAGCAUUAUUUUUAAUAAACUUGUUUUUAUAUGAGCUUGCUAAAAGCAUUCCCAAUAGAAGGCCUAACCCUUCGCCUUUCUGGCAAAGGAUUGUAGGUCUGCCUUGUAGAACAGUAUAGUUGGUAGGUGUGCUUGCUGCUUAAUAAUAAUGCCUCUCUCAUCACCAUUAUUGUCUCUGCCCUUGAAUUACUGAAUAGUAAUUGCAUCAUUUAGUCUCUAUAUAUUGGCCCCAAAAUUUUUAGCAUCUUGUCAUUGGCAUGACUUUUAAGCUCUUAGUAUUCUGGGUUUUUUUUGUUUUUUUUUGAGUCUCCUUUAAUGAUUUGUAGACAUUUUUAUGGCACACUUUAUUUAAAUUGCACAUUUUGACCCUGUUUAUUCAGAGAAAGACAGCUUUAUAGUAAGAUACAUGUAAAUAAUUUGUUUUCUGCAAGAAAACAGAGUCAAUUCUCUCCAGAUUUCCUUUAUUCUUGUAUAAAUAUAUAUAUUAAUAUUGAUAUAUACUAAGUCACUAAUCUUUUAGUAACAAUUUACGCCUUGUGCUUAAGAUUUAGUGACUUGCCCAAGGCCUAUGCUCCUCCCUAAAACGAACUGCAAACCUUUUGUAAUGUAUCCUACUCAGCCUAUGAUGAAGGGCGGAGUUGUGAAACUAUGUUCUGUGAUUACUAUAUCCCUCAAUUCAUUGCCAUGCAGACAUUUAGAGCUACACAUCAGGCAAAAUGGUAACCAGAGGUUAAACAGAUGUAUAAUGAAUAAGCAAAUGGGCCAAUUAAGCAGAGAUAGAGAUGUAUAGAUAAUAGACUUAUAGGCUAACAUAUGUAUACGGUAAUAGAUAUGAUCCAGAUACAUUCAGAGCACAGAGAUUUAGAUAUGGACAAAUAGCUACAAAUUUACAGGGAAGUACAUCUUCAGCGGGUAGUAGAUGCUGAACCUUCUACAUACGAGUGAACAAUAAUGUAGCAAAACUGUGUUUUUUUACGUGAGUCUAUAACAGCCCGGCUGAAUUAGGAGUACAGCUAUAGCUGUGAGCAACAGGGUAGCUAUAAUAACAAGGAGAAAGGGUACAUAUACCCUUGUUCAUGUUUUGAUAUUUGUCCAUAUUUAUUAUACUUCCAACACCAUCCAUUGUAAAGCACUUGGGCAUAACCCUCACACUGUACAGCAGAAACCAUCCAACCUAUAUAUCCUUUAUAGUUGGCUUGUUAUGCUGCCAAUAUCUUCACAUUCAGCAACAGGCUGAAGUGCUAUAUAUAUAUAUUUAUAUGUUCAGUAAUUGCAGGUCUAGUGUUUAGUCUUGCAAUGAAAAUUCAUGUAUACUCACCGCCUUUCUGAUAAGCACUAGCUUCCAGUUGCUAUGAAUUGCUUUGAAACACAAGUGUGCCGAUAUAGUAGUGUGAGCGCAGACUGAUCGCAUUUUAUAAUAUUGUGUGAAAUGUUGUCUCACUUUAGUCUACAAGCAAAUUUUAUAUUGCAAUGCCUGUUUUUAUUUGGAUUUUAAGUAUGAAAGAAGAGUCUUAUUCAUUUAGCAGCUUGUAAUGAAUUCACUGUUGCAGGUUGUCCACACACUCUUUACUUUUCAGUUGCUCGACAAAUAGAAUUUAUAACAAUUCCAUUUUCAGUUUUGAGCAAGAGCUGCCGUGUUGCUUGCUUUGUUUGAGCUGAACAGCCCUCCGUAGAAAAAAACAUGGAUUCAUUUUAAGGGAAUUGCUCCAAAUGAAUUAAAAAAAUCAUAUAUUGCAUUACUUCUAUGCAUUGCUGUAAAUAUAAUAUGCAGAGCAUGAAUGUUCCUUGUUGUGCCCCCAUCCUAUAUAAAUUCUUACAAACUAGGUAUGUUUUCCCUUUAUUGGAUUUCAGACUGCUUAUAUUUCAGCAUCUAAUAAUGAAACUUUUAAAAUCAUCUGUAUUUCCUUCCAGCUUAAUGUGAUUAUUUUUAGUUCCUUUAUCUGCAUUUUGUAUGUACAGGAUUUAGUGUUUGUGCUGAGGUGACUGAUAUAUUGUCAUGUAUGGAAUAUACUUUGGCUUUUGUGAUUGUCAUCGUAGCGACGGAAAGGCAAACACCAUGUUAUUAUGGUGACUGCCUCUCUGUGCCUCAGCCUAUUAGUAGUAACAGGGGAAAUCAACCUGUGCCUUAUCUUGUGUUCUUAUGUUUGUUUCAUAUCUGGCUCUAUGCAACGUCUCUCAACAAUGUCCACCCGUCCACUCAUCACGGAUGGGAUUUGCAUUAGGGUUUUGUGUGUAUAGUAGAUGAACGCAGUAUUCUUUUGUUUAAUGUAUCCGCAAUGAAAUGGAUGUUUUGUUAAAGCAGCAGUUUAAUAUGAUGUACAGAAAUAAAUUUCCCUGAAACUUGCACUUACAUGGAGUCCUAGAUUUUCUGUAAUGAAGGAUUCCCUGCUUGCAUUUAGUUUGUGAAUUAAUACAGUUGCAUUAAAGGAUUUCAUUAGUUGAUCCUUGUUUACUUCUGUCUCCAUGUAUGAUGCUUAUGACCGACAUUGCAGUUUUGCUGUACUAGGCCUGUUACAAGUGGAAGAGCUACAUGGGUGACUUUCUUGCUGCAAGGGAGCCGUUUCUUUGCAUUGCACCUUCAUCUUUAAACCCCAUUUUUAACAGGAUUUGUCUGACAUAUAUAUUCAUUUUCUGCCUAUUUGAAUGUAUAAAUGGAGUAGAAACUACAAUAUUGCCUUUAUUGUUGUUUGUACCCACCUAAUCAUUGAGUAGAAUAUGGUUGUUUCCACUCUUACGAUGUAUGCAUUGAAUGUGACCAUAGCCUAGGCUUUAUUUCUAUUGCCUGAUAGAGAGUAAGUAUAAACUCUGAAACACUUUACACUUUCCUUUUAAUUUCAGAUUUUUCCCUAUAUUUAUUAAUUAAAACAAUAGGCAAAAAGUAUGUUUAGUGCAUGCCCUAUCCAUUGAACUCAUGUUGAAAAAGGGGGUGCACUGCUACUGCAACAUGGGCAAAGUGUUCCCUGAUCCACCAUUCUAAAGCAAUUACUGCAUGGUUUUACUGGGGCACACUGUAUACCCUUUAGCAAUGACUUUAAAAUGUUUAUAUGAGAUUUUAUCAACUCUAUAGAGGCUGCAGUAACCACUGUGCAACUAUUGCCAAGAGAGUCGCCUGUGUAGCACAACCCUAAACAUGCCCAAAAACCACAUAUGUGAUCCCGAAUCAGUUCUGUUCAUGUUAAGUAAAGGAAAAGGUCAAUGACGAAUAAAACACAAAUCAGGUUAGAACUGAUAAAGUCGCAUUCUUUUUUUAGUAGCUAUAUUGUCCCAUUUCCAACAGAUUUUCCUACUUGUCAUACCCACUGCUAUCCACAUUAUAGAGAACAAACUGAUUAUUCACAGUCAAUGUUGCUGCUUUCACUUUAAACCAUAACAAGUGUGUUAAUUGUUACAUGUUAUAUUAUACCUGCUGAAUUAUAGCUUGUAUUUUUUUUUUAUAUAAGUACAAAUAUUUUGUUCCACAAAAACUUUGUAACAUUAAGUGCUAUAUUUUCUUUUGUUUUUCAUCUUGUCAUUCACUAAAGUAGGUUAAAAAGCCAAACUGCAAAAUGAAAUAUGUUGUUUUUUUCCCCUAAUCCUUAAUAGAUUUUGUGCAGUUGCACCAUUUUGGAUUCGGGGAAAACUGUUUAAGAAAAAAAUGUACAUGUUUAAAAUAAAAAUGUGUGUGCAGUGUAAUUUAUAUUCAUUGAACAAAAGUAUCUUUUUAUGUAAAAUGUAUAAUUCUGAAACUUCUCUUUUUUUGCCGAUUUAAGGCAAACAAAACUAUUACAGACUAAGAAUUUGUGUUCUGUGUAAUUUAAAAUGAAGCAGAAAACAAAGAAAUUGUUGAGUUAUGUUUUUUCUUUUCUUUUUGUAUAUUGUUUAAUAAAAAGACAAUCAUAUGGACUGGAA